AAUUCAACGUUGAUGAUGCUGUUGUCUGCAGUUCCAUUAUAAAUACAUAAAUAAAGGUAUGUUCUCAUUGCACAAGUAUAUUUUUGUCAUAAAAAAAAAAUGAAAAUAACAAGCUAUGAAAACUGAUCACGUCUAAAAUUAAAAUCCAAAUGAACAUACACAAACACUCCAGCACAGAGUUACGAAAAUCGUGAAUCAUUUUACGCACUAGUAAUGUGUUGGUACAUAAAUAAAAAAUCAAGUACGUUGAGUUGUCAAUAAAUAACAAUCGUGGAGGUGGUAAUGUUACUUAAAAAAUCUAAUUACUUGUACAAGCUGUCGCCUGUUUAUUUGUGUAAUUUACUGUCGAUUAAAAGACUGUCACGUAUGAAGGGGAAGCAUCCAGGGCAAUGAAGUCGUCUAGUUCUUUUAUUAAAUUUAAAUCUUUACUAUCAUGGACUUUAUCAGGAUCGUUGUCGACAUCAGCGGUCAUUAUAUAUGGAUUUAUCCUGAUUAACCUGUCGCGAUGUGAAGUUCCGAGUGUUAGCGCCGGCAAUUAUACGAAAUUGCCGGCUAACAAUCAAACGAAGCUUGAUAAUCAUAACAAUGUUACCAUUAUCAGUAAUUUAACUUUAAACAAUUCAUUAAAUAGUCAUAGUUCAUCUUCAUCAGUAAGUGAUGAUAAACAUAUUGAUAAAUUAAUAAACUCGAGCACUUUGAAAAAUAAAAGCACUGCUGUGCAGAAUGCUGAUCAAACUGCUGAGACUGUGCUUCCUAGCGGUCAUGGACCAUCUCUAGAUUCUGGGGCUAUGAUGAGAGCUUUUUAUGUUUUCCUUGGUCUCAGUGUUAUCGGUGUCGCCUAUUUAAUAUUUCGUUCUACUAGAUUACGCAACAGUCCAGCACAAAUGGUCAGAAAAUAUGGAAUACUCGCAAACAAGCAAGACAUCGAAAUGCGACCACUGCCUCUUGACGAAGAAGACGACGACGAUAAUAUCGUAUUUGAUGCCAGUGGACUUGCUAAAGAGCUACAUCUAGCUGCUUAAA